GCUGUUUAUUGAAUGUUGGCAGCAGAGAACCUCCCCUUAAAUGUGAUGAUGGGUAAACACCUAGCUAAUCAAUGAGCUGCUAGGAUUCUGUUUCACAACACAGAGGAGCAGGGCUAGUUACAAAACUUGGCGCGAGUGAAUUUCCUCCUCGCCUUUUACAUCACAGUUACCAGCUGUGAAGUGUUGUGCUUUAGCAGUUCUCUCCGUAGACGAGUAUCACGACUCAUGAGUAUCUUAAAAGUGCUCUAAAAAUGGCAACAAGUCGAACAAAUAGCGACGCUGUUGUGCAGGUGGAUCUCGAGGCGACAGUUCGACGAUCAUCACGAAACGUCCUGACACCUACACGCUUCCAGUACUCCGCUGAAAUAGCUACAGACAUCAAGAAAAAGAGAACAACGCCAACAACGCACAAUGAUAAAAAACGACAGAAUAGCAGAAAGGAUAUUAAGGAGGAGGAUGAUGUUAAAAAUAGUGCUGUGGAGUGCACAUCUGGUGGACAUGCAGGUCUUUCAUCAUAUGAACUUGAGCGUCUGGAGAACAUCAAACAGAACCAAGCGUUUCUGUCUUCUAUCAACUUAUUCCAGGCGACUGAGGAGUUGAAGCAGGUAACACGGCCAAAGCUAUCGAAGAGGCGUCUCAUGAGGUUACAGGCUGCUGUAGAAAAAGGGGUGCCAGUUCGCAAAUCCCUUCGUCUCCAAAGCCUGACACUUCCUCCUAAACCCAGAGAGACGCAGAUCUGUGGAUUGUCACACAAGAGGCCUCCUGGCCCUCUGCUCAUGAAACCAGUCAACAUGGAAGAUGAGGCCAAGCUACCUUCACAACUUCUUGAGCUCUUCUCCGAGGUUUCAACAGAAGAUAGAAAGGAGCUUAGUCUGACAGAGUACUGCUCAGCCCUUAAGAACAUGAAGACAACUGAGGACAGAGAGGUCAUAGUUGUGAAUAAACGCCUUGUCUGUGCUGCCUUCCACCCUUGCACCAGCAGCCUGUUAAUGGCCACAGGAAACACAUUUGGGUCCGUCGGACUCUGGCAGUUGGGUAGUGAUUGGGGUAAUGAUGGUGUGCUACGCUUUGAGCCCCAUACUCGUGUAGUGACCUGCAUAGCGUUCUCCAGGGCUCAUCCCACCCACCUGCUGAGCCUCAGCCAUGACGGAACUGUACGCUGCAUGGAUGUAGAGAAGGCAGUCUUUGAUGACGUGUAUGAAAGUGAAGAGCAUCUCAAGACAUUUGACUUCAUGUCACAUGACUGUACAUCACUAGUGGUUGGGUACUUCAAUGGAAAAGUUGCCAUCGUCGAUAGGCGCACCCCAGGAAACUCCCACGAGUCCAUCCACUCAUUGAAAUUCAAGCAUUGUCUGCUUUGUGUUAGCGUCCACCCUUUACAGAAGCAGUACUUUGCUGUUACAGAAAACAAGAGAGUGAAUAUUUAUGACAGCAGAUACCUGAAGGAGAAGAAAAGCAAGACUGUCUCCCAGCUGCAUGGUCACUCUUUAAGCAUACACGGUGCUUAUUUCUCCCCUCGUACAGGCAACCGAGUGCUCACCUCCUGUAUGGAUGACUACAUAAGGAUAUAUGACACAUCUGCAAUGACUAAGAAAGCUCCCUUGCUGACAUCCAUCAGACACAAAUUGCAAACGGCCAGCUACAGGACCAGAGUAUCAGCCGUGUGGGACCCCAAACAGGAAGACUGUUUUGUGGUGGGGAGCACAUCAAAGCGUCACAUUGUGAAGGUGUUUCAUGAAAGUGGCAAACUCCUGCACUCCUUCGUAGAUCGCGAUAACGUUACCUCAGUGCUGUACGUGACUGCUUUUCACCCCACAAGGAAUGCAUUGCUGGGCGGCAAUGCAUCAGGACAACUGCAUGUCUUUUCAGACUGAGAUGAAGGCUAAAGUAUGUGACCAAGACCCCUGGUUGCCUUCAGUUGGGUAGGAAGAACAAGUAAGGAAAUAGUUUUGUUACAGUCAAAGUUUAAAACUUGUACAGUGUAGAUGGCCAGCUGGAAAUUAUUGUACAUAUACUGUAGGUAGCAGAUGAAUCACUCUUGACUUUAUCUCUGCUGCUUGCUUUUCUGUUCUCAGAUUUGCAAUUAGUUUGACUCAAUGUCUUAUGUAAUAACUUAUACAUUUCUAAAAUAUGUCCCCUGUUGUCAAAUUGAUUAAUCAAUGUUGUUUUUAGUGGCUGCUGAAGCAAAUAAAACUUUUUUUUUUUAAGGUUUUGAUAGCCAACUUUUUGAGUGUGCAUGCUAUUAAUCUCGGCAGUGGUAGUAUCAUUGUCCCCUUUAGAUGGCAGCAUUGUGACAAAAGAAUAAUUUGUGCGUGAUGUUAUUUUCAAGCAGGGACGUGCUAAAAAAAUUCAAAAGGUGCUGAUUUGGGUAAAGCUGUUGAGUUUUUUUUCCCUUCUUCUCUGAAUUCAAGAUUAAACAUGUAGCUGUCAGAUGUCAAUAAUAGGUCUUAUUUGUUUAUUCAUAAAUAAAUUACACCAGUCUUAAGUCA